UUCAGUAGGAUUCAGGGGGGCGCUGUGUGCGAAAGCUGCUGCUCGCUGGUUGCUAAGGAAGUGGGAAAAGUUUGGUAUGAUGCGGGGAGCUGGAGGAUAUGAACACAUGAGGACCACCAUGGUGCUUGUUUGCAUCUGAAGACCAAUGUGAUAGUAGGAUGAAUGAGAAUGGAGAUACCAUCGUCCCAUUCCAACCUGAAGAUGAAGUCAGAUCAAAGGAGCCACCCAGCAGCAAGACCAGCUUUAACAUAGAAGGUGGUGAUGGAACCAACACAGAACCCAGAGCUACCAAGAAGUGCAAUGAAGAUUUACACAUCUCUCAGGAUGAGCAGAUCCAGGAGACAAGCCUUAACCCUUUCCAGCCUCAUCCACCCUCCCUGCCCAAGCCUUCCGGUGUUGGCAAAGGGAUCAGAAACUUCUCUUUUGAGGAAAAGACAAGGAGGAGAAGACUGCGGAGUAGUCAGGAGAGUCUCACCGAUCCAGCAGAGACAGGCUCCUCCACGGACUCCCUUAGAGAAGACUCGACACCUGUGCUAAGCAGUGCUUUAGGUUUAAAAAAUGGAGAGAUCUCUGGGGGAAUCGACUUUGAUCGAGCAACAAGGGAGUCCCCACCGUUUCGGGAUCGAUGUAGCAGCCUCCCAGAGGCAGACAAACAUCCUUCCAGGCAGAGUCGUCUGGUCGAGCUGCGGGCAAAACCCUCCAAAAUCAUCCUGUCGCCCCUGCAGCCUACGGGAUCUUUUCCUCCACUGGACUACAGUGUUGCCUCCAUGUCCUUAAGGACCACUAAUCGGAUUGACAGGGAUUGUUUGGAUUACGGGAAAAGGGGCCUGCCGGAGAGGCUGCACAGGAACUUCAGCGACAGCCGGCUUUUGGACACCAUGGUGGCAGACAGUGCCUCGGUCAACUCCAUGAAGUCCAACUUCAGUGCACUGAACCCAAUCCGGCCUAAGGAUGUGAGAAACAGGAGCUUUCUGGAAGGCAGUGUGCUGGGCAAUGGAGCCUUGCUUGGGCCUGAAGAGCUGGACCGGUACUUUCCUGACCGACACGUGGGGAUCUACAUAGCCACCUGGAAUAUGCAGGGAGAAAAAGGGUUUCCAAACAACCUCGAUGACCUGUUACUUCCCACAGACACUGAAUUUGCUCAAGACUUCUAUAUCAUUGGGGUUCAGGAAGGAUGCCCUGAUAGGAGGGAGUGGGAGAUCCGACUGCAGGAAACACUUGGUCCAUACUACGUCAUGCUCUAUGCAGCAGCACACGGAGUGCUGUAUCUUACCAUCUUUAUACGAAGGGAUCUCAUAUGGUUCUGUUCUGAGGUGGAACAUGCUACAGUCACCACUCGCAUCAUCUCGCAGAUCAAGACUAAAGGGGCAGUGGGAAUUGGCUUCACUUUUUUUGGGACAUCCUUCCUCUUUAUAACAUCUCAUUUUACUUCUGGAGAUUCCAAAGUGUACGAGAGAAUAUUGGACUACAACAAGAUAGUAGAAGCUCUGGCUCUUCCCAGAGGUCUUCCUGACACCAACCCUUAUCGUUCCAUUGCCUCGGAUGUGACCACCCGAUUCGAUGAAGUCUUCUGGUUUGGGGACUUUAACUUCCGCCUGAGUAAAGACCGGGGAGGCGUGGAGGCUAUUUUAAACCAGCACAUUGGGAAAGAUAUGGGCCCUCUGCUUCAGCACGAUCAGCUGUGUAAAGAAAUUAAAGAAGGCUCCAUCUUUAAAGGCUUUCAGGAAGCCCCUAUCCACUUCCCUCCCACCUACAAGUUCGACAUUGGCUGUGAUGUUUAUGACAGCACUUCCAAGCAGAGAACACCCUCAUAUACAGAUCGAAUCCUGUACAGGAACAGACAAGCAGAUGAUAUUAAAGUGGUUAAGUACACUUCCUGUUCAUCGAUCAAAACCUCGGAUCACCGGCCUGUUAUUGGCAUGUUUCAGGUCAAAAUUCGGCCUGGCAGAGACAACAUUCCACUGGGAGCCGGACAGUUUGACCGACCCGUGUACCUGGAGGGCAUCAGGAGGAGGAUUACCAGAGAACUGAAGAGGAGGGAGGCCGUGAUGAAGAACCAGAGCAACAGCACCGUCUGCUCCAUCUCCUGAUGCUGGACGAAGCUGGACGAAACUGAGACUGCAUACUUCCCAAGCUGAGCUACAGACUCAGGAAGCUGGACUUUCAGGACCAAAGGGAAACUCAGAACUACGGGAGAUGAAGUGUUUGGGCCACCAUUCAGGUCUUUAGACCUGUUUGCCACAUCCUUAUGAGAGCUUGAAGAAGAGAGAAAAAAGGCAGUGCCUGGACCCUCAAGCCUAACAGCUGUGUGUAACAACCAUUGUUACACUUUACUUAACAUCUAUGCCUGUCUGAUUUGAUUUUAUUUUGUACACAUAUUUAUGGUUGGAUGAAAAGAUUGACCUAUGACUCACAACAUUUUCUAAACAGUAUUUAAUGGCCUUGUACAGUUAACAUCUUAGAGUUCUGGUAUUUAAAUUGGACAGAUUAUUUACCACAAGCAAGUAGAUACCAGUUUUUUUUUUUUUUUUACGGUUGUUUUGUUUCACGGAUCUCAUUGACUCUGUUUACACCUGGUCACUCCAUGUGAGUAGUACCUGGAUUACUUCCUGAUAAGAUUUUAGCUACAUGCUUUUAGUCUUGGUGGACAAAUGCGAUUCCAGUUUGACAAAAUUCUGCCUGCAGUAUAAGAUGCAGCAACCAGUAAUUGAUUUCUGCUAUGAAGUUUGCAAUUUUGCAUUCUGUAAUACUCCGAGGUUAUCUUCUUCACAGUCAUGGAUCACAUGUCCACUUGCUGAACAGGGAGGAGAUUGAUAUAUAUCUUAAAGAGACAGAUGCGUUUACACUACAGUUUACAGAUUUGAUUGGUGACCUUUGUUCAAUACAGAUGAAGUGUGUGAAGAUACCAGGUGUAAAGAGGGUCAUUUAUGUAAUAAAAAAGGGAGGAUUGUUAAAUAAUGGUUAUACUGGUCACAUUUUAUCAAGGGAAUGUAAUCACUUUACCGAACACCAGUUCGAUCGCCAGUUGUUUUAUUUAUAAAUUGUCUCUUAAUGUAAGUUAUGUUUUAAUUGGUGCAAUUUGGAUUUGGAAAGGUGCAACCCAGGUUGAAAUCAUGCUCUCUGACAGACUGAACAAGGAGGCUCAGACUGGACUUCAGUCCAUUGCCUUAAUUUGUCAUACAAAUAAUUCAGCUUCUUGCUUACUUGAUUGAUGUCAUUGUGGGCUGGCUGUGCAUGAAUGUGCGGGUAGAGCUGAUUUUGACUGACCAAGUGACUGAGUAACCCAGUAACUAACUGUACUACAGCUCUUGCAUGGACCUCAAAUAACAAACGUAAUGGUGAGUCAUGUGCAUUCACAUCACGGUCCUCACUGUUGAUGGAAAGUGCCUGAGAUCUUGCUCAUUUUGCCUCUGGGCCUUUUCUAGUACAUUCUGAUGUUUUGAACCAAAUAAUAGCAUGUUCUAAAUGUUUACAAUGUUAUUAAAAUAAUAUAAAGCAGCUAUUUCUGACUCA